AUGAAUCCAUUUGGUUUUGAAUUAAUAUUUGGAUUGUUAUCCAUUGCACUUCAUUAUACAGCCACGUUCAAAUUACCAUCUACAUCUUUAUUAAAAGAUCCUGUUCAGACACUUUCAGCUGUAGUUCCUAUCUUAUUCUUGGGUCAUGUCGUUUUGAUCAUCUCUGCUAAUCUACUAAGAGGAAAUGCAUUUAACAAAACUAUUAUCUCCCUUGGUUAUAGUAUAUUAGCUACAUUAAGUGGUGUAGGUGUUUUACAUGUUUUGGCUAUAUUAUUUGGCGCAUCGUUAACAGAAAAAAUACCCAAUACUUUUCUUUUCUCAGCUUAUCUUUCUAUCAUCACUAUCAUGCCAUGUUUUGAAUCAUUUAAAGAAACUGCAUGGAUUAAAGUAUUUGUUCAGCAUAGUCCUACAACAACGUCAGAAAUUUAUGCUUAUGCUCAAGCAAUUUGUGCACUUUCAGGUGCGUGGAUAGGCGCUAUUGUAUUGCCUUUAGAUUGGGAUAGAGAAUGGCAAGCAUGGCCUAUUUCUUGUGUCAUUUCAACUUAUGUUGGUCAUUCAGUAGGUGUUUUGGCCGCUUUUAUUUGGUCUUCUGUAAAAUUAUUAUUUGGUAAAAAGAAGAGUGAAUAA